GUGAUUAGUAAUCAUCCUGACUGCUUGAAGGACACUCGCUCUCAGGCUCUCUCUUCUGUUGUAAUCCAAAGCAGCUUCAUUGGUAGAGUAAAGGGAGCCAUUGAACUCACUGAUAGCUCUGGACUGGCCGGUAUAUACAAUAAUGCUAACAAGCAGUUAGUUCUAGCAAUAGAGAAAAAUGACUUGAGUCUAAUCACAACAGCACUCUAUAACAUGACAGCUUUACUGAUAUCUUGUAAAGGUUCUCAUGAAAGGACUACAUUACACGCUAUUGUUCAUUUGCCAGUGAAAACAUUCAACAAAGAUGUUGUUACCAUAGCAACACAUUGCUGGCAGUGGCUCAUUGCAGCUUGUCCUGAAUUAGAGUUUAAAUUCAUGAAAGAAUUUUCAGCAGCAUGGCAAUGGACCAUUACUGCCCAGAAGGGAAUGUUCUCUCCUCCGUUCAAAGAAGAUCUCACCAAGUGAUGUUCAACCACACAAUGUUCUCAUUGAUUUUUUAAGUGAGAGGUUUCAAGUGUUCUAUACCAGUAAUGAGUCAUUGGUAUCACUGACCAGUCAGAUAAUGCACCAGUCCCUUACUCUUGGUGUUGGGCCCAGUACUAGCGACCAGCCUCAAUUCCUCUCCCCCUCUAUAUCAGGAGCCACUCCUAGGUUCAAGUUCCUUACACUGGCCACUCAGUUAAUACGUAACACAACCCUCAUGCCUAAUCCUAUUGAUAGGAACUUGUUGAGGGAGAAGAUAUACAACGCAACAAUGGAUUAUUUCUGUUAUCAGCCAAUGUGGAUAGUAGGGGAUAUUAAGGCAUUACGACAAACAAUGGACUCCUUGAUAAAGUUUUGGUCAGCUGUCAAGGAGAUCAAGAAUGUUGUUGCUGCUACUCAAACUUUUGAUACAGGACCAUCAACGUUACCUCGCAACAGUAGCUUCUGGCAGGCACUGGACAGUCCUUCUGUACAGGGUAGUUGGUUAAACACAUAUUCCAUUAGAGGAAGCAACAGUCGAUCACAAUCACUCAAUAUUCCCUUGAUGACUUCUACUGGUAAACGGAGUACAAUGGUGAAGAGUAGAGUACUACUCAAGAGACGUAAUCUUAUACUAGCUAUACUGCGUCAUGAAGUAGACAGAUUGAGUGCUUGGAUGAAUCCAUUUGGAGCAGCUGAAUUAUCAAUACCUGGUGAGGAUAACCUUCAAGCAUGGACCAAUCCCACUCAGACUGACAGGAACUGGCAGAACACAGUCACAAUGGCCUACCAGUCCUCACCUCAUCUAGCAUUCUAUGUAUACUAUAGGUUUAGAAGUAAUGAGGCAGUGACUAGAGAGUUCAAUCGAUUGAUACAAACUAAUCCAGUGGCAUUCAUUGAUAUACCUGAAGCUGCUCAAACAUUUGCCAGUAAGGAGGUUGUUGAAAAAGAUUCCAGAGAAUUGUAUCAUUUAUUGUAUUGGAGAGGCAUACCACCAGCAAUGGCACUGAUGUACUUCACAAGACCUUACUCCAAUCAUCCCAUCACUGGACAGUUUGCUAAUAAAGCAAUGCAGAGCUUUAAACCAAGUGAUAUAGUCCAGUUCAUACCUCAAGUUGUACAAGCACUGAGAUAUGACAAGCUUGGAUUUGCUAAGGAUUAUAUUCUGACUGCUGCACGUUCAUCACAAGUAUUAGCACAUCAGUUCUUGUGGAAUAUUCAAGCAAAUACUUAUACUGAUGAGGAAGGAGAGAUCAAAGAACCUGAAAUUGGUUCACUAUUAGAGCAGUUACAUAAAGAGAUAUUGAAUAAUCUAUCAGGAGCAGCAAAGAAGUUUUAUGAGAGAGAAUUCUCAUUCUUUAAGAAAGUGACUGACAUAUCUGGCAUCAUCAGACCUUAUCCUAAACCAGAGAGAAAGGAACAGUGCUUGAAGGCACUGAGAGAGGUUACUCUUGAACCAGGUGUGUAUUUGCCCAGUAAUCCUGAAGCAGUUGUUCUUGGGAUUGACUAUGACUCUGGCACUCCUAUGCAAAGUGCUGCAAAAGCACCUUUCUUGGCAAAGUUUAAAGUCCAGCCUUGUGGUAUUGCUGAAAUGGAAGCUCUCAACAUUCAAGAUGAUCAAACAUUAGCUGAGGAUCUACAGAAGUUUUUAUCAAGUGAUCAGUCAGUCUGGCAAGGAAGCAUUUUUAAAGUUGGUGAUGACGUACGUCAGGACAUGCUCGCGUUACAAAUAAUCAAGUUCUUCAAAGACAUUUAUGAUGAGAUUGGCCUUCAGCUUUAUCUAGUUCCUUACAGGGUAGUAGCCACAGCUGCUGGAUGUGGUGUGAUUGAAGUUGUUCCUGAUUCAAAGUCCCGUGAUCAGUUAGGAAAGCAGACCCAAGUCUCACUGAAGGAGUACUUUCAUUCAGUGUAUGGUGAUGAAGACUCAUACCCAUACCAGGAGGCUCGCUCUAAUUUCAUACGCAGCAUGGCAGCUUACUCACUGAUAACUUACCUACUGCAGAUCAAGGACAGACAUAAUGGAAAUAUAAUGUUAGACAAAUGGGGACACAUUAUUCACAUUGAUUUUGGUUUUCUUUUUGAGUCAUCUCCUGGCGGUAAUCUUGGGUUUGAGCCUGAUCUUAAACUCACUGAAGAAAUGCUUGAAAUAAUGGGAGGAAAGAAGAGCGACUCUUAUAAAUGGUUUCUUGAGUUGUGUGUUCAAGGAUAUCUUGCUGUAAGACCUUAUCAAGAACAAGUUGUGGCUAUGGUGACUCUAAUGCUAGACACUGGUUUCCCAUGCUUCAGGGGCAAUACUAUUGAUGAGCUAAGGUCUCGUUUUCGAAUGAAUUUCUCUGAGAAAGAUGCUGCUAGGGCCAUCGUUGAAGUUGUUGAGUCGGCAUGCUUGAAUUUUAGGACAUUCUCUUAUGAUCUCAUUCAAGAUGUCCAGCAAAACAUUUAUUAUCACAAGAAAAACUAAUUUAUUGUCUAAAGUACAUCAUGUUUGCUAUUGUUAUGCUAUUAUCAUUGUUAUUCAGUAUUAUGUAUUAAUUGGUUAUUGGUA